AUGAGUGAAAAACAACAAUUGCUGCAUCUUCAGCGUGGUUUAAAACCAUCACUAGCUCAGAUGACAAUCCCAUUUGAUCCUCAAACCUGUCUUGAACUUCUCGAACAAGCAAAAAGAUUGGAAGCAGCAGCAGCGAUGAUUGAAGCAUCAAUACCACCAAAUACAACACGACCAGCAACAGAAGAUAUGUCUGAUGAGGUGGCUGCUAUACAACCAGCAUUCCAGUAUAGACCCCAACACCCACAUACUCAUCAACAAUAUUCUACACAAUAUGGUCAACAACUACCGGAUCAUCAAGGCUUCAGUGGGUAUGAUCGUGGUCCAUAUCAUCAACAACAACACGAGAGAUCUUCAAGAAACCAAACUUCAACACAGUGGUUUAGUCCCUUACCUCAGCAGUCAUAUCCUGAUUAUUAUUCAUCAGCAAUUAGAUGUUAUUCAUGUGAUAACAUUGAUCAUUUUGCUCGUGAAUGUCGAUCUGGCCGUCGCAAUUACUACCCAAAAGUCUAG